CCCUUUACUUCAUCGCUUCGCGCUCUUCUCACCGGCGACGGUGCUCUUCUGCUUCCUCGUUGCGCUCGUCGCAUCGGCGAGCUGAUACUUGCUACCCUCCAGGAUGUCGCACGACAAUUUGGGAUUUACAUCGAGCACGGACGCUCUGCAGGAUGUGAAAAAGUCCUCUUCGUCCAAGGUGCAUCAGAUUAAUCAGAUUAAUUAUGGACCGAACGAGAAGCAAAAUAGCGUUUAUGUUUUGGAGCUCGAAGAAAAGAAGAAGAAAGGCGCGAACGAAGAAAAUGACAAUUAUGAUCCGUAUGACUACAGAGUGGUGGAGCAUCCAACCACUGAUGCGGAGACGCUGCUUCAUUUGCUGAAGGGUAGUUUAGGCACGGGAAUCCUCGCGAUGCCAAAGGCUUUCUACAAUGCCGGAUACGUCGUCGGUAUGAUAGCCACGAUCAUCAUAGGUCUACUUUGUACAUACUGCAUGCGAAUUCUAGUUCGCUCAGAAUACGAACUGUGCAAGAGGAGAAGAGUGCCGUCCAUGACGUAUCCGGCAACUGCAGAGGCUGCUCUGCUUGAAGGACCGGUACUUUUUAGGCCGCUCUCCAGAGCUUCCAUCCACAUAAUAAACACCUUCCUGAUGGUAUAUCAGAUGGGCACUUGCUGCGUCUACUUGGUAUUCAUCUCUAAAAAUCUGCAACUGGGACUCAGCAAGUUUAUUGAAUUGGAAGUGGAAAUAUACAUGGCGAUUCUUCUAUUACCAUUGAUCCUCAUUAAUUACAUCAGGAACCUUAAGUUCUUGGCACCGUUCUCGACGAUCGCAAAUGCCAUCAUGUUCGCUGGAUUUGCCAUCAUACUUUACUACAUCUUCCGAGAGCCGUUGACGUUCAAAGACCGCGUGACAGUUGGGGAGGUCAAGAAUUUUCCACUUUUCUUUGGCACCGUCCUGUUUGCCCUCGAGUCCAUUGGCGUGAUCAUGCCGUUAGAGAACGAGAUGAAGACUCCCCGAUCUUUCAUGAGACCAUGCGGCGUGCUUAACAUCGCAAUGGGCGUCAUAGUCACCAUGUAUGCAGCCCUAGGUUUCUUCGGAUAUAUAUGUUACGGUAGCAAAAUCGCUGGUAGCAUCACGCUCAAUCUACCGACCGAAGAUCUGGGAAUCGCGGUGCAAAUUCUCCUGGCUAUCGCUAUUUUCUUCACUCAUCCCAUUCAGUGCUACGUCGCCAUCGAUAUAGCGUGGAACGAGUAUCUCAGUUCCCUGUUCGAGAAAUUGAGAUAUCGUUACAAGAUACUCUUGGAAUAUGUGGUCAGAACUGUCAUAAUUUUGGUUACUUUUGGAUUGGCGAUCUCGAUUCCAGAGUUGGACCUCUUCAUAUCGCUGUUCGGCGCGCUGUGCCUGUCGGGCCUGGGGCUGGCGUUCCCGGCGCUUAUACACUUGUGCGCGUUUUGGAAGGUCGCGGGACCCACCGAGAAGAAGAUCAUGGUAGCGAAGAACACGUGCCUGAUGCUGAUCGGCGCGCUGGGCCUGGUCGUGGGCACGUACACGAGUCUCCGCGACAUCAUCGCGAAGUUCUCUUGAGCUUGACGGGCCCCGCCAGCUCCGCGAGGGACUGCUGUGCGACAAAACUGUUGUGAGGGACAUGAGAGGAGGGUGAAAAGAAGUGAUCGUUCUCUCCGCGUGAGAGAAACGGCGACAAUGUGAUACGUAGUUGAAGUUGAUCAUUGCUAAGAGUGAGUGUUACGUAUAGAUAGAGGUGUACUUCGGAGACUUUAGCCGAGGGACCAGUUUAAGCUUCUCGUAACGGCUCAUCGAUCACGCUUUGGCUCGCCGGGCAGUGAGACGGGAUGGAGUUCCUAGGUGCACAUCAGUUUUUUAAUGCGUGAUGCGACAAACUCCACCGCGUGGAGGCGGACUUGUACGGCAACGCGAGACAGGGAUCUGGCGCGCGCCAGUAUCGCUCGCGUAUAUGUAAAAAGACAGUUUUAUCAUGUCUUGAAUAAAAGUUAUUUUAUUUUCACACACACACACACACACACACCGCCGUCCAGCUCGAUUUGAUGCUCUUUUCCGGAGUCAUCGCAGGCGACGUCCGAAUUAAGACGUGUGCGCCGCGCCGGUUGUUUUCGCUUAUGCAAUUAUGGACCGCUGUUUUUAUUAAUACUCGAUAAUUGUAGAAAAAUAGACAGAAGAGUUAUAUAGUUUAUUAUAAUUUAUGUAAUAUAUAAUAUAUUUAUCACGUGACGAGCCGCGCUGUGUAAAACUAGAAAGUGUUCAAUGAUGUAACCAGUUCGCUGCUUGAAAACGAGCACAUUUAUCAAUGUCACUGUGUUAUCUUUAUUUUCUCUUUCAUUUAGGUCUUUAGGCAAUCAAUAUUGAUUAUCAACAAUCGAUCGAUAUCGUAUUAUUGUAUCCCUAAAGCAUAGGCGGCGAAGCGUUUUCUUUGUACAGAGAUAGCGGAACAUUCAUGAUAUAGAUUUUAUAUGAAUGUGAUUGUUACGCCACGCAAUUGUUGAUUCACACUUAAGGCUUGGUUCUGUAAGCUAGCUGCUUCCGCUCAUGACAUAAAAACGAUGUUAUGAAAUUAAAAUAUGAAAGGAGAAAGAGAUGAUGAAGCUUUUGUAUGUAAAGAAUCGAAAUAUAUUUUCAAGUAUUAAACUAAGAAAUUUUCUCAUACUAAAUCAAUAUUUAACUAAAGAAGAAAUCGAUUUAUAAAAUUAUAAAACCAGCUUUACUCUUAAAAAAGUGAAUUUUUUAAUUAUUUAUUUAAGAAACAAAUUUUAUAAAUUAGCAAAAUCAUUGUGUGCAAUUAUACAUAUUUUUAUGCUCCAAGAUUCAGAUCCGAUAAUCAGUUUAAAAAAUAAUUUGACACUAUUUUAAUAUCUAUUACAAUUUUUAAGUGACUAAGUUUUCAGAUUUAUCGACGCGAUUUUUAUUAUCAGCACAACUACCCCUGAUCAGUCACCACCUCUGGUAGUCUCGUCACGCGCAAGUCUCAUCCACCAACUGCCUCACCCGCCGCCAGGCGUCGCUAGAGAUUAUCGUAUAGAUCGCGAGGAGGGUAGUUACCCCCCGCGUGACCUAAACGGAAUCCGUCCCUAAUUUUCUCAGGCAGUGAAGGGCAUUGUGGCUACCGCGGCCGCCAGCCGUAACGUACUCCCAUUGCACACACACACAUGUGAUCCCCAUGUUCAGUUGAAUGCGUAUCUAGCCUGCAGGGGUGUAACACCACCACAGAUACACACACACACACACACACACACACACACACACACACACACACAUGAGUUUGUCCCUUUUAUCUCUCAGUCGUACGUACGUAGCUGUAACUCGUGAUAAAGUGACCUCUCUCGCGCAACUGACGAGCAAGCUCAAACGUAAGUUGCACAGGGUUGUAGCAGACCUGGCUGAUGCACCACCUUCCGUACGACGUGUUCAGCACGUGAUUUCCUAAUUUACGAUCGACUGUGACUGAUGACGGGGAUGAUUGCGCUCGCGAUUGAAGCAGUCUGGAUCACUCCGAGCUACGAGUUGCUUCUCAGGUUGCCGGAUACUCGUUUAUGAUUUUAUCAGCAGUUUCAGACAAAACAGUGCUUCAUUUUUUAUCUCUGAAAUUCUGAACAUGAGAGGGUUCGUGAGAAUUUUUAGUCUAAAACUAGUUUGUUACAUAGUAGAACGGUGCUUCUUUCUUUGCGGUGGUGAGAGAAGAAGUGUAACGCUUUAAGCUUUAAACAAACAGUAAACAUCAAAGAAUUUUACCACUAAAUAAUUUUUAUGUUAUUAUUUAUUAAGCAAUUUUUGAUACCUUAUACAUGUUUCGAGAGAAAUGCGAACUCGUAGAAUUCUAUCGUAUCGUGGAACGAUCCAGAUCGCUCUGAUCGAAAGCACCACGGAAAAGUGCUUCAGCGAUGCUUCGCCAUCAGAAUUACGUAAUCGCGGUGGCGCCUUUUCCGAUAUCCAGCACGAUUAUAGGCUAUGAACGAAGAGUUACUAAUAAAAUAUUUUAUAAAG